AUGAGCUACCCUGCCACGCUCAAUACUGACAUCCUCGAAACCGAACACACAAGCACAGCGAACUCAGAGAAGAUGGCACAGACCAAGUUACCGACAGCCAGAUUGGGCAAAAAUGGACCGCAAGUCACCCGCUUGGGUUAUGGCGCGAUGGGCCUAAGUGCCAUGUACGGAGCUCUCAAGCCGGAUGCUGAACGAUUGAAAGUUCUUGAUACUGUGUAUCGAGAGGGAGACCUGUUCUGGGACACAGCAGAUAUUUAUGGUGACAGUGAAGAACUGAUAGGCAAAUGGUUCAAGCAGAACCCUGGGAAGCGUGAGGAAGUCUUUCUCGCUACGAAAUUCGCCCUAUCGGUCGAUGCGGCCGGAAAUUUCAUUACUCGCUCCGAUCCAGAGUAUAUCCGUGAAGCAUGCGAGAAGUCGUUGAAGCGCCUCAAUGUGGAUUACAUUGAUCUUUACUAUUGCCAUCGCCUCGAUCAAAAGACUCCCAUCGAGAAUACCGUAGAAUCGUUGAAGCAGCUCAAGCAAGAGAGAAAGAUCAAGUACAUCGGACUCUCUGAGUGCAGUUCCGAGUCUCUUCGACGUGCUUGCAAGGUUGAGCACAUCGAUGCGGUACAAAUCGAAUAUUCACCAUUCAGUCUUGACAUCGAGUCUGAACAAAUCGGCUUGCUGAAGACUGCUCGCGAGCUCGGCGUUGCAAUUGUCGCGUACUCACCUCUUGGCCGUGGCAUGCUCACAGGACAGAUCCGCAACCCAGAUGAUCUGGCUGUAGAUGACAUGCGCAAGUAUGCUCCGCGUUUCUCUCCUGAGAACUUCCCUCAUAAUCUCAAGCUUGUCGACUGUCUCUCUGAAAUUGCAAAGACAAAAGGCUGCACCGCGAGCCAACUCACUCUCGCCUGGAUUCUGGCGCAAGGAUAAGACUUUUUCCCUAUCCCAGGCACAACUUCCGUUCAGAGGAUUGGAGAGAAUGUGGGAGCUUUGAAGAUCAGAUUGAGCGAGGAAGAGGAGAGGGAAAUCAGGAAAGCGUGUCAGGAGGCUGAGCCAGCUGGCGGAAGAUAUCCUGAGGAAUAUGCAAGCACUCUCUAUGCUAACACUCCCCCACUUUAG